AAUCAUGUUCUUUUUAGGUAAUAACUUAUAUUUAUAUUAUGAUAUAUUUAUUUUAUUUAUAUACACUACCAGUCAAAAGUUUGGACACACCUUUUAAUUCAAUGUUUUUUGUUUAGGGAUUUAUUUUCUACAUUCUAGAACAAUACUGGAGAUUUCAAAACUAUGAAAUAAGACACAUGGACUUAAGUAAUCCAUAUGUAAUGACAACAAAAAACAGUCAGUUGUUAUUUUAAGACACGGAGGUCAGGUGUUCUGUAAUAGUUCUUGCAAGAACAGUAUUGUCAAGUGCAUUUGCAAAACCCAUCAAGCACCAUGAUGAAACUGGCUCACAUGAAGACCUUCCCAGUAAAGCAAGACCAAAACUUACUUCUGCUGCAGAGGAGAAGUUCAUUUAGAGUGACCAGCCACAGAAAUCACCAAUUAACAGCGCCUCAGAUUAGAGCCGUUAUGAAGGCUUUACAGAGCAUCAGUAGCAGACAUAUCUCAAUAUCAACUGUUCAAAGGACAUUAUUGUGGAUUUCAGCCGCCUUCAGCAUUGUUGUACAAUGUAGAAAGAAAUAAACAUCAGGAAAGACCAUGGAAUUAGAAGGGUCACAGGGAACCUGAAGUCUAUCCCUAGGUUCUCAGGGCACAAGGUGGAAGAGACCGUGGAUGGUGUUGCCAAUCCAUCACAACCCCAGCUUCAGGUUCUUUAUUUGACUCGAAAUAUAUGGCAGAAUAAUAAAUUCCAUGGCUGCAAGUUACUACAAUUUUGAACCCGAAAAGGUUUGCAUAUCAUGUAGAAAUAUGUUUAAUUCAAUUCAGUUUAUCUGUAUAGUAUUUUUACGUCUUUUAUUUUUAUGUCUUACCAAACAUUUAGAGCAUUUAAUACAGUCAAUUAGUAGUAUUAGUAGAGAGUGGCAACAAGACAUGAAGGACCAUCACUGAACAAAGUGUAUACUUGACCGUGAUUACCAUUUAGUAUUACCCAACCAUUUGGGUGAUAACACCAACAACAAUACCAAGCCAAGCACGAUUACCAUUUAAAGACAUCCGGCUAGACAGCAGCCAUUCUUACACUCAAUUUACAUUUAAAGUGAAACUUUAAAUCUGUCCUGCAUUCUUUUUGAUUCCGAAGAACCCAAAGUACUUCACGUAUUUUGUCACAGCUACGCUGCAAUGAACCUCUUCUUCAUUAAGAUCUUCUACACCCCCUUCGUUUUAUUUUUCUUACACAGGACAUGUUUGAACAUGUAUUAGGAAUAAAUUUAUCUCUGAAUUGUUAUAAUUAUCAGUUCAAACAGGUAGUCACUCUUAAUUUGGUUUUCGUACUUAUCUCGUAGGGGUGUGUGUGUGUGUGUGUGUGUGUGCGCGCGUGCAUGUGGUUUUAAUGUUUCGUUUCUUUUUGACCCAUCAUCUGUUGAAAAAGUAUUAGAGCAGUCAGCUCUUUUUUCCUCCUGUGGAACCUCCAUGUUUAGUUAAAUGUCUUUGUAUUAAUUGUGUUGGUGGUGCAUUAUGGGGGAAAAAACAAUAUUGUAUUAGGUAUCAGAGGAAAGGGCACGGAAAUUAACCAUGAUGUGAGAGAAAGAGAAAAGGAAGUGACACAAUUCUCCUGACUGCAAGUGCCCUUAAUCUCAAACUAAAUGACCUACUCUUCGCCGUCUACCGAGGAACCAUGAAGCAGAACAAGCACAUCUAUAGUAAUGUUACCUCAAUAUCUGAGAGAGGCGAGGCCCCAGGAAGUGGUAAAAGGUGCUAUUGUUUGAUGAUCUCUUUGUCGGUUCUCCUGUUCCUGUCUUUGAUAGCCAAUGGUCUUCUGACCUAUUUUUAUCUUAAACUCAAAUGUCCUUUGGAUGCUCACACUUUGCCUGAGCAGGAUAGGAAUCACUCAGCUGGAGAUUGUAAACUCAAGAAUGUAACAGUCACCUCACAUAAGCAGAUCAGACGAUGUUCAGCAGGAGAGCGUCAAAUACAGUACAAAGACAGACUCUACAUUUUCCCAGCUGAUGAAAUGAGCUGGAUUUCUAGUAGAGAGAAAUGUCAGGAAUUAGGGGGAGACCUGGUGAUCAUUAACAGCAAACAGGAACAUAAGUUCCUUGUUGGUGCAAUGAACACAUUUAUCAAUUCUCUGCACUGGAUUGGUCUGAGAAAUGCUGAAAAGGAGGGCAGGUGGCUGUGGGUAGAUGAAACACCUCUUAUGCAAAAUCUCUCCUGGUGGAAGGACACUGAAGUGGACACCGUAUCGGCGAGAGAAGACUGUGUGGGUUAUUACGAUGGGCAGUGGGUGGAUCUGCCCUGUUCAACAUCAGAAAGGAGGAUUUGUGAGAUCACUUGCAAUCACUGAAAUCCCUGUGAGACGUGAUAGAAAUUUCACAAAAGAUUUUUUUAUAUAAAUAAACUUUAGUGACUGUAUAUACACUGACUAUUCACUUUAUAUGGAACAUCUGCACAUGCAUGCAGUAAUCUAAUUAUCUAAUCAUGUAGCAUCAGCACAAACACCAUGUAAAACAUCAUGCAGAUACAGGUUAAGAGUUUCAGGCCAUCUUUACAUCAAAAAAAAUUGAAAAAGUGUGAUCUUUGUGAUGCCUGUAGACCUUCUGCAUACAGGAUGGGUUUUUUUCUCGCAAUUUUCUUGCUGUGUGAAAACUCCACCCCAGAAGAUCAGCAGUUACUAAAAUAAUCUAACCAACAAUUAGGUGACGAUCAAGCCACAGAGAUCUCACGUUCUUCCAUUCACUUCCUGUGUGAAGUGAACAUUAACAUUAGGCUCUUACAUUGUAUCUACAUGAUUGUAUUACUCACACAUGAUUGGCUGAUUGGAUAACGUAUAACUACGUAAUUGAGCAGGUGAACAGAUGUCCCUAUUAAAAUUAGUGAGUGUAACAUUUCAAAAUUUGUACAGAGUAAAAGUAUUAACAAACAAUAAGUCAUGAAACUGGGUACUUUACAGCAUAACUGUUUUUCUUACAUUCAUUAAUUUCAUUCAGACUGGGAAGGCGACUGAACAACACUGAAAUUUAUGUAAUGUUUAUGAAAACAGUAAUCAGUUUGGGAAGACCAUUGGUGCAUUGUUAUGCCAGAAGUAGCCAUUAGAAAAUGAUAGUGUCCAUGAAGGGAUGUGCAUGUUUAGCAACAAUACUCAAAUGGACUGUGACAUUCAAUCCAUGAAGGAUCCAUGAAUAUUCCCCAAGCCAUUACACCACCUCCACCUCCUGGACUGUUGACACAAAGUAUGUUGGAUAAAAGGAUGCAUAAUUUUGGAGCCAAAUUCUAACCCAACCCAAGCUGAAAUGGAGAUGUUUCAGACCAGCUUUCUGUUCUUGGCUGACAGAAGUGGAACCUGACAUGGUCUUCUGCUGCUGUAGCACAUCUACCUUAAAGUUUGACAUGCUGUGCAUUCUGAGAUGCUUUUCUGCUCAUCAUAAUUGUCCAUGUUAGCAUUAAAAACUCCUUCCAUGAAAGGAAAAAAAAAAUGUUUUUUUUUUUAAAAAUAAUAAUUAUACCCUUUUUUCUUUCUUAAAUGAUAUGCUUUGUUAAGAAUGUAUCAUUAAGUGUAGAUUAUGUGGAGUGUCCACCAGGUUUGAACUUUGAACAUCUUAAGAUUCCAGAUUUCAACAGCCAUUGGGUAUAAUUUUAUAUUUAGUUGCUUGCUUAUACAAAUAUGUGCAAUUUCUAAAUCUAUUUGGCAUAUUUUAUGAAUAAAUUGUACCUCUCCUCUGUAUGUAGAGGAAGCUGUAAGGAUUUUGCAUUAUGUCAUAAUGCAUUUAUGCUGAUGCAAAAAGUGAGGAAAUGAGGCUCUACCCCUGACAUCAUCUAUAUUAGAGCCUCCCAUCACAUAUAUCAUGUAUUUUCUUUUACUGAAACGCCGAAUCUGAGCUGUCACGCUGUGGACCAUGAACAAAGAAGAGAACAUCUACAAUAACAUUACUCCUAACAGAGCAUUAGAAGAACUCGCUGUUUUGAAUCACAAGAGUCAGACAUGCAGUCAUACUUGAAGUGGUAACAGGCGUGGGCUUCAGUUAGUGAUCUCUAUAUCUGUUCUUCUCUUUCUCUCUCUGAUGACCAAUGCGCUUCUCACUUGUUUCUAUUGUAAACUUAAAUGGGCCCCGGACUCUUCGAUGAUCAGGAACUGCUCAACUGGAGGAGAGGGAGAGCUACACUUGACUUACAAGGACAGAGUCUACAUAUUUUCCAAUAAUACAAUGAACUGGAAGUCCAGCAGAAAAAGCUGUCAGGAACUGGGGGGAGACCUAGCGAUCAUCAACAGUAAAGAUGAACAGGAUAUCAUCGGUGGUUUGGCGUCCAGACUUGGUUCUUUGUACUGGAUUGGUCUGACAGAUGCUGAAAAUGAGGGUGCGUGGCUUUGGAUAGAUGGGACACCUCUAAACACAAAUCUCACGUGGUGGAAAUACACUCCAGAUGACUAUAAAAAAGAUAACCCACUAGGAGAAGACUGUGUGGUUUAUUAUGGGAUGGAAUGGGCAGAUGUGUCUUGUUUAUACUCCCUAAAGAGAAUCUGUGAAAUUUAUUAAACUCUUCAAAAACUAAAAAGCUCCUUUUUAAAGUGCAUAUGAUUUUCUCCUACUAUAGUUGGGUUGCAGUUUCUCUGUGGUGAAGCUUUUUUUUUGUCCUUGGGACUUUUCCCACACUGGAUAUGUGGUUUUCACUUCUUUGCUUUCAGAAUGUGCUGAAGCUUCCAAUAAAUGUUUUAUAAACUCUC